AUGGCUCCGGAGUUCACUACCUAUAUGACCAUCGUGACCUGGGCUUCAGGUCUGUAUGUCAGAACGACGUAUGGAAAGAAAAAGACUUUUCCGAUUGGAAAUCUUGCGGAUGCUGCCAACGUAUUGAAGUUUGAAACUGCUGAUGGCAAGCAGUUAACAGUUGAGCAGUACUUUAAAGAGCACUAUAACAUCCAACUGAGGUGCGUUUUGUGUACCAUUUUACCUGUUAUUUUCACCGGAAAUGAAUGA